GCCCCAGGCGCUCCGGCCACACCCUCCGUCCAGUCACGUGAUGCACCAAGAUGGCGGCGACGAAGCCGCAAGCUGGGGCCAAAUUGAGGGCUGCUGGUGCGGUGCAGAGGGGAGAUGGAGAAGCGCCGCAGGAUAUCAAGAUGGCACUUUAUACACAUGGUCGGCUGAUUCCUUCUCUAGGAGAUGCAAAACUCACAAGACCAAUGAUUGCCGAAGUCACGGGGAAGACGCUUGGUUUCAAUAAACACCCUUAUAUUUUUGGAACUUUAUUCUUUGGGACUACUAGUGCAACAUCUGGACUACUGGCAAACAUCAUUUUCAGAAACAGUUUCAAGGUUCAGCAUGAAGCCCUGAAGACCUGUGUAUCCUUGACUACCCUUCCGUUUUUGUCUACCAUCGUGACCUUCAAGCUCUUUGUAACUGAUGCUUUGCAGUCAGGUAGCAUAAGCAGGGAGAACUGUGUUUGGAGAAGUGUACUGAUUGGCGUAAUAUGUGGUGUCACAUACCCCACGGUGCUGGCUUUCCGUACAAAUGGACGUUUGGCAGUUAAGUAUCAUACCGUUCCACUCCCUCCAAAAGGAAGAGUCAUACUCCACUGGAUACUCCUGUGUCACAACAGGGUCAAACUAAUGUGCGUUCCUCUAGUAUUUCAGACAAUUUUUGGAAUGCUUCAUGGCUUAUUCCACUAUGCUUUAAGUGAAAAACUACGUGCAAAAUCUGUGCCUGGAGACUAACCAAAGAAUCAGAGAAGGCCAGGCUGGCAGAAUGGACUCUUUUGUAAGGGACUCUGGUGCUGGUUAAAGAAUGGGAAGGAGCGCUGCUCCUUUUGACUACUGUGUAUCAGACUCUCGGUAAAUACAAAUGGAAAACAA